UGACGUCAACAUUCCAGCUGCAUCAAAGAACCCCAAGCCUUUAAAUGGAAGUAACCAAGAGAAAUUUUUAAGAAACGGGUUUUCAGGUUGGUCAGUGUGUGUGUGUGUGCGCUUGGGACACUCAGAUAUUUAGCAUCAGAUACAAAUCCUUUGGAAACAUCUGGAAAUAUCUCAAUCUUUUUAAAGAGCCAAAUAUAUCAGAAUUUGAAGAAAAUGUCUCAGCACCCAGAACAGAGAGAUUACACUGACCCUCUUCACUGCAGUGGUCAGCCAAAUGACCCAGAAGACACUGACGCCCUCAUAAAUGCAUUUAAUCGCCUUCAGAAAGAAAAUCAAGACCUGCACAAUAUGAUCAAACAAAUGCAGGAGGAGAAGGACAGAAACAUCAAGGACCAAAAUGAGCAAUCUGGAGAAAUUUCCCAAGAGGACCAAUCAGUUAAAGAUCCGCAGCACCAAGCUAACCUGCAGAUCAUAAAUGAAGGUUGGAGAAUAAUGCUAAGCAGAGCACAGAAGCAAAUAACACACUUGAUGCUUGAGCGAAAACAUAACAUCCAACAAAUGCAGUCCAGGACCCAAGAAGUGGAAGAGCUACAGUACAACCUCCAAGACUUGAAGGAAAGAUAUGAGGAGAAGACAUACAAGCUCCAAAACCUGGAAGCUAAACACAAGGAGACACUACGCAAGUUUCAAGACUUGCAAGAAAUACAUGAUGAGACACUACACCAACUCCAACAAAAGGACACAUUAGCUGAGGAGACGCAACACCAGCUUCAAGACUUGACAGGAAGAUAUGAAGAGAUGCAAGACAAACUCAGAAGCUUGGAGGCCAUACACAAAGACACACAACACAAGCUGGAGGAGAAGAUCAGAGAGCUGCAGGCCCAAAAUAAACACUCGGGAGAACUUUCCAAGCAGGACCAAUCAGAUCAGGAGAUGCAAUACAAGGCCAAGUUGCAGAUCAUAAAUGAAGGUUGGGAAGGACUGCUUAAGAAAUCGCAGCAGGAAGUUAUACACUUGUUGGAAGAGAAGAAAGAGAAGAACAAAAAACUAAGAGAAAUGACCCAAGAAAUGGAAGAGCUGCAAUACAACCUCCAAGACUUGGAAGAAGUACACAAAGAGACAAAAUACAACCACCAAAAACUGCAACAAAAACACAAUCAGACACUACACAAACUCCAAAAACUGGAAGCAGGAGCUGAAGAGACGCAAUACCACCUUCUUGAAAGUGGCAAGAAAAUUAAAAGUUUGCAGGUAAAACUUUAUCAAACAGUGCAACAAAAUAUAGAAAAACGAAAAGAGAAGCAACAACAGGAAGCUGAACAUAGAGAGAUGGAGAUCAACCUCAAAGACAUGGAGACAAGAUAUGAGGAGGAGAUAUCCAAGCACCAACAACUGAAAGCAGCAGCUGAAGACACACAACACCAGCUUCUAAGUUUGCAGGUAAAAUUUGAUCAAACACUGCAACAAAAUAUAAAAAUACGAAAAGAGAAGCAACAACAGGAAGCUGAACAUAGAGAAAUGGAGAUCAAGCUCAAAGACAUGGAGACAAGAUAUGAGGAGGAGAUAUCCAAGUGCCAACAAUUGGGAGCAGCAGCUAAAGCCACACAGCACCAGCUUCUAGCAAGGAAGAAAGAAAAGGAAGCUCUGCAGGUAAAACUUCAUGAAGCACUGCAAAGAAAUGCAGAACUGCUCCAAGAGAAGGAAGAAAGGGAAGAACUGCAGAGAGAGAUGCAACAUGUUCUGCAAGUCUUUGAGAAGAAAAAUACUGAACUCCAAGUAUUAUAUGAUGAACUCAAAGACAAAAAUGUUGCAGUGGAGGAAGAGAAGCUAAAUCUGGAGAAAAUCUGCAAUAAGACGAAGUGUAAGCUGCAAGAAAUGAUUGAAAAAACCCCAGAACUGCAAGGACUCUGUGACAUACAGAGCAGAAACAAUGAACUGCAGAAGGCACAACAUGAGAAAAUGCAUGAAGACAUGCAGUGUGCUCUUCGUGAAAUGCAGAGGAGAAAUGAGCAGUUACAAGACAUGCAUGCCAAACUAGAACAAAACAAUAAAGACAUGCACGAGGUAACGAAGGCACAGGAAGAGCAAUGUAAAGAACUGAAGGAAAAGAAUGCAGAAAAUGAGAAAAAGUUGGAAGAUCUUCAGAAAAUAUGCAUAAAGCUUGACGAGGUGAAUAAAGAAAUUGUUUCUGACAUGAAAAACCUCAUCCUAGAAAACCAAGAAUUACAGGAACGCUGCCGGAAAAAGAAGAGAAAUGGUUGCUGGUUUAAGAGAUUCUGCUGCUUCUCCAGCUCAACCUGAAGACCAAGAGCCUGCUCUUCCUCCACCCUUCAUCCAUCUCCUUCCUGUUCACCUCUCCCCUCUGCUCAUUUCUUCAAUUGGUCACAACAUUCACCACCAUGUCCUAAACAUCACAUUUAUAUACAACUAAAUAUGUCAUUGAACUUAUUAGUGGUAGGUUGAACACACGCCUCCCAACCGGUCACAGCAGAUGGCUGCCCCUCCCUGAGCCUGGUUCUGCUCGAGGUUUCUUCCUUUUAAAAGGAAGUUGUUCCUCGCCACUGUCGCCAAGUGCUUGCUCACAGAGGAUCUUCUGAUUGUUGGGGGGCUCUUUAAACCAAACACUGAUUCUCU